CCGAAACAGGACACCUUACCUGAUCCCAAUCACGACCUCCAGUUCAACUCCCCAAGACCGAUUAUCCAUCCUUCCUGCUCCCCCGUGCUGCAACGUCGAGCAGCUAAGCACCAACCAGAACCCGACCUAAACGUCAUCGUUAGCCGACAAGGCACCAUCUAGUCAGCAACCGUGAGGUAGCUCAAGCCUAGCUCAUUACAUAGCAUGGCGAGCAGCUCGGAAACUCCAACCUACAACAAAAAGUCGCCGACGAUAAAGCGGAUUCUGCGCGAAGCCGCCGAAUUAGCGAACUCGCCGUCGCCGGACUACUUUGCGGCACCGCUCGAGAACAACCUGUUCGAAUGGCACUUCACGAUGCGCGGGCCGCCGGAGUCCCCCUACGCGAACGGGAUCUACCACGGCCGGAUAAACCUGCCCUCCGCCUACCCCAUGCGCCCCCCGUCGUUUAGGUUCCUCUCGCCCAGCGGACGCUUCGAGGUCAACCGUGAGAUCUGUCUGAGCAUCUCGGACCACCAUGAGGAUACGUGGCUGCCGGCGUGGGGGGUGCGGACGGCGGUGGUCGCGCUACGUGGGUUCAUGGAGAGUGAGCCUCAAGGACAGGUCGGUGCGCUGGAGUGCAGUGACGACCAGCGGAGGAAGAUUGCCGAGACGAGCGGGGAGUGGAAGUGUGAGACGUGCGGAAAGAGCAGUGUCGAGAUCCUGAAGGAGAGCGAAGCGGCGGCCAAGGAAAUGGGAUUGGAUGCGAAGGUGGAGGAAGAAACUCCAGCUGAGCUCAAGAUCGGUUUCAAGGUCAAGAAGGAGGAGGGUGAAGGGGCUCAGGGCGGCACAAACGGCGAUGGGCCGGCGGCAGAUGCAACUCCUACCCCAACCCAGCCGGCGGUGCCACAGCAGCAGCCGUCGCAGCCACAGCCACAGCCGCAACCACAACCGCAACCGCAACAAGCCCCACCACCUAUGAACGGACAUCUUCCGCCCGGCAGAGAGCAGAACGGAGUACCCGCACACCUGCAAGGAGCAUUACCGCCAUAUCUAGAUCCGCGCUUUGCACCCCCGCUGCAGCAGCAAGCACGUGAAGAGACAUUCUGGCUGGACCGGAUCAUUUUUGCGUUGGUCGUGCUGUUGACUGCAAUCCUCCUUAAGAGGUUCCUGGGUUUGCCGAGUGUAUACUAGAUGAACCAUCUUCCUGUUUAAUUGCUUCUGUCUUUUUGUUCUGGGUUGGUUUUCGAUGCUUCGGCGUUUGAGUCGGUCUACUCUAAAUUUGAACAUCUGGUUUGUGUUAUUGGGAAUUGUUUGCACCGCUUGAUUGUUAUUGCAUGUACCCGGGGCAGUGUGAGUGGUCUCGCACGAUAGGGACUGGAUCGAGGGCUAGUAUUCAUCCAGGUCCCACUUAACUACCUGCGGGGCAUCGUCUCCAUUUGAAAUCAACUUACCAGGUUGCUGAUUAGUAAUUCAUCCAUCACUCGCAGCACUGUACAUUGUACAGGUAUGUAACUGUGAAG